AAAAGAAGAGAAACGGUUGUCGUUAACAGAAUAACAAUAACUUGCUACCUUUGCUGUGACUUACUCCAAACCACAAGAUCGGGUCUGAGCAUGCGCACUGCAUCGCUUCUAUGGGGACGGGGAGGACAUCACGGAAAAAAAAACGCAGCAGCAGCAGCACCACAAACAACCCCACGCCGAGAUUUCGCCUCUGCGCUGCGCCAACAGUGCGCAACGAAAGCGGCCCAACGGCCAUGCCCGGUGCGGCGUUAACGUGCGGGACGACCGCUUGACAGGCCCGGGGCGAGGUCUGAGCCGUCAACCGGGGGAAGCUGGGAGGGGAAAUACAUUUCUUCGUAUGGGAGCAGCAUGCGGGAAAUGGUUGGAGGUUGCUGCGUGUGUUCGGACGAGCGAGGCUGGGCAGAGAACCCGCUGGUUUACUGUGAUGGACACGGCUGCAGCGUCGCCGUUCACCAAGCAUGUUACGGCAUAGUCCAGGUUCCCACCGGUCCGUGGUUCUGUCGGAAGUGUGAAUCGCAGGAGAGGGCGGCCCGCGUGAGGUGUGAGCUGUGUCCCCACAAAGAUGGUGCCCUCAAGAGGACAGACAGUGGAGGCUGGGCACACGUUGUGUGCGCCCUCUACAUCCCUGAGGUUCAGUUUGCCAACGUCCUCACUAUGGAGCCCAUCAUCCUGCAGUACGUGCCCCAUGACCGAUACAUCAAGACCUGUUAUAUCUGUGAGGACCAUGGGAGGGAGAGCAAGGCAGCCUGCGGAGCUUGCAUGACCUGCAACAGACAGGGCUGCAGACAACAGAAGAAGUUGCGCUCCAGUGAAAAUACAAGUAGCUCCUUCAGUCAUGCCCGGAAGCUGUCAAGCUCUCCGCCACAAGACAAACAUCACCACCACAGACCGAGGAAGAGUCAUAAGGACAAGAUUCGGCAGAAAGAGCGCCACAAAAAGUCUUCUGACAGCCUGGGCUCAUCCGUGAUGACCAGCAGUAUAGAAAAGAUAUCCUCCAGUCACCACAACAGCAAGGACAGUGAAGGAAAGUCCAAGAAGCUGAGCUCACACGGCCACAGUCACCGCAGCAAGAAGACGGGAAGCACCGGCAAGAGCUGCUCCUCCUCCUCCUGUUCCUCCAGUCCAUUCAACGCAGGUGGCUCACUGUCCUCCGCCCAGGAUUUCCAUUCGUUCUCGUCGUCGGCGGCGCGCCUGGAGCGCGAUCACGACCAAAGAGGAGACGACCACAGUGGCGAGGAGCGCCACAGGAGGCCAGCAGUGCAGGAGGAGGAGAACAAAGAGGACGAUGAAAAGGGAGACAAAGAUGAGGAGGAGGAGGAGGAGGACAGUAAAUACCACAAGCCACCAGCUUUGACUCUUGCUGAUGGCCCACUGGCAGGGUCACAGGGUCACGACCGGUCGGAGGGCAACUCGAGCCCUUUCGAGAACAAGGUCACUAUUUCCACCUUUGGGUCCAUCAUGCGCAUCACCUCUUCGUCGGGGCUGGGCAGCAGUUGCAAGAUCCGAAAGAUCUCCUCCUCCGGGGACUACAAGCCCUCCAAGAGUCUUUGUAAGCCGUCUCAAAUCAGCACGCCGCCCAUCCUGGAGGAGGCGGCCCAGGAGGACAAAGCCACGCCUCCGCCGCUCCCCCGCGAGAGGCGGCACCGCGGCAACAAGAAGAGCAGCCACGGUCCAGGGCGCCCCCGGGGCAGCAAGAACCGAGAGAGGAGGGAAGAGGAGCAUCACCAUCACCGCGCAGCGCCGCCUCCUCCAGCCUUAACCUCCUCGCUCCACCCGAGCCCGUCCUCCGUCCCUCACCCCGCCUUCACCUCUGCGCUGCCUCCCGCGGCCGUCUCUUCUUCCUCUUCUUUCUCCUCCUGCGCCGGCGUAUUUUCCACAAGCCGUGGCAACUCUCUGCUCAGCUCCGGGAUCUACUCCAGCCUAAAGGACCCUCUUGCACUGGGUGUGGGUGUCUGCAGUGCCCCUCUCUCCCUGGGUGGAGGGGUGUGCAACACCUCCCUGUCCCUGGGAGGGGGCAUGUGUAGCACCCCUCUGUCCUCAGGACUCCUUACGUCCAACGUGUCCUCACUCUCACUUCCUUCAGUCAACGCUGUCUCAAACACACAGGUCCAUCCGGGUUCCAGCACCGGCUACAGCCUGACCUCCAGCCAGCCAUUCGCCGGCUGCCUCUCCACAGGCCCGACACUGCCGCCGCUACUGACCCAGGCGCAGACCUCACUGCCAGAGUCGGACCUCGAUGACUGUCGCUUCCCGUGUCAGGGGAUCUCGCCCAGAGAGAGUCUUUCUUCACAGUCUCCCAUGAGCUGUCUCCCCCUUCUGUUUGACCAAAGGGACGUGUUGAGUGCGGGAGUCAGAGCUCGGCCCGAGAACGUCCCUCCGGCCAGCUCCCACAUCGAGCUCCUGUUGGAGAAACACGGCAAUGGGGAGAUGGGAGUCAACAUUGUGGAGAUGCUCCAGUCGCUCCACUCCCUGCAGCAGGAGAACCAGCGCCUACAGGACCAGAUCCUCUGCCUGACGGCCAAGAAAGAGCGGCUGCAGCUGCUCAACACGGAUCUGGCCGUGUCUUUCCCUCCACACUUUCAUUCCGCCCACGGCGCCAUGCACACCUCAGCCCAGAUCAACUUCCUGUCAUCCAGCCAAGACCUCCUGGGCACCAAUAAGAGUCCUCUGUCCAAAGGCUGCUUCAUGAAUGACGCCUCCUUUGUUACCUCAUCUGAGGAGCUUCACUCUGCCAGUCCGUCCCGCAGUAGCUCCUCCCUCUCCUUCCAGAGUACUCCUCCCCCCCAACAGAGUCCCGCCUCCUUCGGCCAGCCCGUGCCCAACGGCCUGAGUCGAGGCUUCGCUGAUGGCUCGGGGCCCUCCAAUCAGGCUGUCGGCUCCUCUUUGCCCGUGGUGGGCGGGCUCAUGUCGUCCCUGGCAGGAAGUCCUCAGCUGAAUAUGAACGGCGUGCUGGGCGCCCUGAACGGCGUGAUCCAGUCUCCUGUGCAGAACGCCCCUCAGCCCAGCCUGCCCGCUUUGCGCCCCCAGCCUCCACCGCUCAACCCCCAGGCUCUGGCACAGGGCUUCCAGCUCCCCAAGGGUGUGAGCGCGACUUCUCUCCUGUCAGAGCAGCAGAAGCUGCUUCUUCUUGAGCAGCAGCAGCAACAGCAACAGCAGCAGCUCCAACAUUUCCUCACCUCACAGAACUUCACUCCUGAGCAGCAGGUGAUGGUGUGCCAGAUGCUGCAGCAGCAGAGACAGAGGGAGCUGCAGCGCCUCACGCUGACGGGAGCACUCGCCUCCAACCCAAACUCCCCCAUGAUCGCCCCGUCACCCACCCUGCUGUCCUCCGCCACAGCCUCCCCCCUACAGGGCGGCCAGGGAGGCAGCCUCUUCGGCCUGCAGGACAGUGCUCUCCACAAGCCCGGGGCGACGGGAGAGAAGGGUGGAGACAAGAAUGGGUGAUGUUUCUUGAUUUCACAGGAGCAGCUCAAAUGAAGAAGUGGGGCAUGGCAGGCGGCUUGAAGAGCUACGGUCAACUGACAUGACUCCUGAACGCGUCUCGUUCCUUUUGUCAUCUUUAUAUUCCACCCUCUGGAAUGAAUGUAUAACAGGAUGGACGUAAACGUCAAGGUGGAGUUUUUCGUGUUUUUGAAAUUCUUCAAAUCAGAGGUUCUUCUCAUAGUUUUUGUUUUGUGUAGGCAGCUUUCAGAGAGCAUGAAUGCAGUGGUCUCUUCCUUAAUUGCACUACUUUGUUAACUAGACCAAGUUGAGUUCCUGCUCAUCCCUGCAGGUGCUGUGGAGGAUUUUGGUUUAAAGUGUGAACUUGAGGUCAGAGCGUUUUUUUCGCUGACUUCUACAGCACUGAACAUUUGUGAUUUCCGUGCAUGGCUUUGAGCCAGAGUUUCCCUUCUGUCAGUGAGACUCACAAACGUCUGGCACUUCUUGCGACCUUUAACUGUCUUCCUUGAUAUUGUGUCUUCCCUUUGUGUUCACCCCACUUCAUCCAGAUCUUCUGUAUGUUGCAGCCCCUCAACGGCACUUACUAUGUAAAGGAUAGUUAUACUCAUUUCUGAUCUAUGGUUAGUGGCAUUUCAACUUUAAGCUAGUUAUUACCUCAGAUGUUUCUGCCGCUUGUUAACAAAUGUUGUGCUCAGUUAUUGCCGCAAAAGCCUUCACUGGAUAUAAAUGCCCACCAAAAAGGUCGAUCUGUAAGGUAAUAACCCCCAUAAAUGUAAAAAUGGCACUUCGAAAAUGGCGCCAUUCUCCACUAGAACCUGGAUUCAACACGUUGAAUCAUGUUGGGCUCCAAAUGAGAGUUUCUAAAGAAUUUUAUAUCUUCCCAGUUGCUAUCGAGAUUAAGCAGACAAAACCAAACAUUUGGAAAAUUGUAAGUAAGAAUUUUUUUUUUCUUAAACAAGUGUGCACUUUGCAUGUUAGUAGCCAACAAAGCAAAUUCUCCACCAACACCUUUAAGAAGGAUGCUCGGUACUUUCUAGCCCACUAGGGACUGACAGCUUUUUGAUUUCUGUGAAUAUUUUGCACUCCUCUUCCUGAAGAGUCCGUUUAUUAUUAUGUUACUUCCAUACAUAUACAGUAUAUUCCUUUCAUGUUCACCAACUAGUUGUUCUUUUAGCAAUACUGGAUAGAUAAUGCCUUAAUGAUGCUAGAGUUACAGAGAAAACCAUGAGCCCAAAGGCUCUUACUCUCUUGUCGUCUUUCUUUGAUAGUGUUUUUUAUCUCGGGGUAUAAGGAGGUGAAAAGACCUUUCCUAAAAACCUGUUUAUACUAUUGAUAGCUAAGCGAGGAUUUCAAAAGUCGAAUCGUGUGAAUAACCGUAUAGUGGUAACUGAAGUGUCCACGGUGUCAUUUUUGUGUGGAGAUUGCAAUGUUCUUUAGUCGUUUGUGCUUCAGAGAAGUGAGUUACGAGGACUGAAGGAGAAGCUCAAAGUUUAGGGGUCAUAGGAGACGGGAGUGGUAGCUGUUGUUCUGUCACGACGUUGUGCGAUGCAUAGUGUAGCUGUUAUCAGGCGGUGCAUGAGUCCAUUUAAGAACCGAAGCCAAUGUAGAGAUAAGUGUGUCUUUCCUUCCAGCUUCACUUUGUCACACAACGCCUCCGCUUUGGCUCUGUUUUACUAACGGAGGCUAUUCGCAAACUAAGGGAUUACUUUAUUUUAUUUUCUCCCGCGUGUCUCACUCGUUUGCAAUCCUGAACAUGAUCUCCCUUACAUGUGAUAUGUCGAGUGCUCGAUGAUUUGGUUAGCAGCCACUGUAGACGUCAUAAAGGAACUUCUAGCAGCUCACUAGUCUGUGAUGAAUACUGUAGCAGUGACAAAAGGAGAAUGUUGAUCCUGUCCUUAAAGACAUGAGCCAACGCGUCGACCAAGUAUGUCCUCGUUAGUGCCCUCUCAAGGGAGGCAAAGUCCAGACACACAAUCGUGUUUGAGAGGGUGGUGCCGAGGUUUUCUGAAGCGGUUGUUUCUUUCUCAUGUUGCACUGGGGCGUUUUUGGGCCCAAUUGUAAAAUCGUUUUGAGUACCUUUUCAAUUUUGUUGUAUAUUUUAAUAUGUUUGUGUAGAAACACAUUCAUUCUUUUAAGCUUUUAAGUUUGGGUGACUAAGAUAAUCCAUGUUCUGAAUGUCGUACUGUGUAUCUUUUUAUGUGUUACAACAUUUAAGCACCUGAUACUGAAUGAGGCCAGAGAGGGAGUUACCGACUGGGAUAUGAAUCGCAUGAAAUGCAGUGACAUAUCUCAGAUGUGUUGCUAAGUACCAAGUAAUAACUAUGCAUCAUUUUAAAUGCAUUGUUCCCUGAAAAAAAAGAAAUUAACUGAAAUGAGCACUGAAUUUUAAAAAAAGGACAAGGAUGUUGUCAUUGUACAGUGUAUUUGUUUGAGAGAAUUGAUCAAAACAAAUUUGACAUUAUUCAGAUUAAAAGCCCUGUAAAGUAUUUUGAUAUUUUUGUGUGUAGAAUUAAAAAGAAUGAGUUUAAACGAUUUUUUUGUCAAUAAAUGUAUUUUACCGAGUUGUUUUACAUUUUC